GAAGCGAGUUUGAAUUCCCUGCUAUAUAUAAGACCGUCUUCGACUGCUGAAAUUUCCCUGAGACAGCACCCCUUUUUUUCUCGCGACAAUAUCUCCCAGCACUUAUUCUCCUGCAAAAUAUUCCGCCGCCGGGCUCGUUUCUAUGUAUACUCAUGGGCUCCACGCGCCAAAGUCCGCUACAUCAGGCAAAUGACCCGUAGUCGAGCUUGUGACCCGUGUGCCACGAGGAAAAUAAAAUGUGAUCGUGGAAAUCCAUGCGGACGUUGUCAUACUUUGGGCAUUUCCUGCACUACAUCCCGAGCUCAAUCCAAGCCCGGUCCCAAGGGGCCAUGGGCUGAAAAGCGGCGUUUGGCCCGUCUCCAAGAAAGUAUCUUGCAAGAUUCAGCAACUGUACCGGAGAGUCAACUUGUGCCUGUCAUUCCGGAGCAGCAGCAGCAUGGAGACGGUGGUAGCAGUAGUAGCAGUACUGUGGAAUCUCCACCGACCAGCUCUCAAUUCUCGCCAACCUUACCAAUUCCUUUGAUUCAGCAGUACCUCGAUGUAUACCAUGAACGACUAUAUUCGGUAUGGCCGGUCGUUGACCGGGAUGAAAUGAGUUUACGGAUUCAAGAUCCGGAAGAUGCAGAAGCUUACGCUUUAUGUACAGCCUUAACGGCGGUUGUCCUCGCGCAUUUGAAAUUCAAUCCCUCGGAUAUCGCUCAAGCUGCUCAUGCGGUUGAUAAUACAUGGGUAGCUGGGGAGUCAGAACGAGCAAGAGCUACACUUCGUUAUCAUGAGAAACCAAGUCUCGAACUAUUACUUUCGUCUUUUUUUCUACAUAUUUUCUAUGCAAACCGUGGCCAUGUUUGCAGAGCGACAGUGCUCAUACGUGAGGCGAUCACAUUGGCACAGUUUCUCGAACUCGAUCAAGCUAAACACUACAUAGGGCUAUCCAAAAAGGAAGCCCAGUUGCAUCUUCGUAUAAUACGGAUUCUGAGUAUCACAGAACGCGGCCAUACAACUCGAUUCGAUCUACCGAGAAUCUUGGUAUUAGAUCCCGAUUUACCCCAGCUAGAAACUCAAGAUGUCCAACCUGGCCUAGUUGCAUUUACAGACCUGUGCCAACUUUUCCAUACAUUUGGCCGCGCUAUGGAUAGCGACAUGCUGAUUCGGACGGCUGACUUUUUCGUCGGCACUGAUAAGCAGCUACGAGGACUGCAACAGGUAGAGUCAAAGAUGCAAGUCCAGCAAGCCGACUUUCUUAUUACUCAGCAAUGGAUGAGGAUAAUGGUAUGGAAGAUGUCUAUAUUCCACAUCAAACUUUCCGUGAACGCGGAUGACGAGAAUUUGAGCAUUUGUUUUCCUGAACACGUGGCAGAGAUUGUGCUCAUGUAUCUGAGUCAUCUUUCACGUAAUAUCAUCGAGGCUCAUGGUAUAGGCAUGCAAAUGAAAUUGGCAGACGUAGCAAUAUCCCUCGCAGAUAUGCUAUCCUGCAUACCAUGGGUCUCCGAACGCCGACAAAUCAUGAAAGUCGGCCCGGAAGAGAUGGUCUGUCACAUCGCUGAAUUCUUAGCCUCACUACGAGGAAAUGUGAACCCUAGAAUGGAGAUAUUAUUCGAAAAACUCCAGUUUCGAGGAUGGGGCAAUUCUCCGAGACCAAUGCCCGGUUUCUCUCUCGAAACCUUACCAACUACUAUUCCUACGACAACCCCGACUCCGAUAACAACGGUACUCCCUAUUCGGCAGAUUGAAGAUAUUUGCAAUGAAGCUGAGGAGGAGGAGGACGAUGAUGAAUAUGAUGAUUAUGUGAAACGGACGAUACUGCAUACGGCAGACCACUAUUAACUACUCUGCACCUGAUGACGUAUAGGACAGCACCACAGGGACUGGUAUUCAUGUUUCGAUCACGUAUUUAUACUACAUUGGCGAUGCAUCUAGUUCUUAAGACCAUUAUGGCAUUGCAUUAUAUUACUCCAAUCAAUAAUUACUUGUUCAUGGCCAUUG